AUGUAUGGAGUGAGAAGUCUGCUCGAGGCCGAAGACGAAUCGGACGUCGAGACUACUGCAACAAUACGGAAGGACACGCCCGUCCACCCUACUGAAGCCAAGCCGUUUCCGAAGCCGUGCUCCCCAAUAAUCGCCUGUUUACUAAUAUUAAUCUGUCUCCUUCUAUCAUGGCAUGUCUACACCCUAACUAUUCGACUGGCCGCCCUCAACCUCUUGCUCAACGAUUUAUCGCUAUUGCCCGGUCGUUUGUUGGAGGUUCAAUCGAAACUACAGUCUCUACGCGUCGAAUUUGAUUUGUCCCGUGAUUCAAUGGACGAUGGGCCACUGUCAAGAGCAACAAAUUUAACAGGCCCCUCUGGUCGUGCGGUAGAAUAUGUGAUGGAGAGGAUGAGUGUGCUCUCAAAGCGAAUCGACGAGGAGAAGCGCCGGGCGGAAAUGGACGAAAAAACGCUGUCGGCCCUCGGCAUCCGGCUGUCGGAUAUGGAAUCGCUGUGCUGGGACUCGUGCACGAACGGCCGGCGGAGAAGCCAGAAAAUUGCGAAAUCUCGCGUCCAAAAAGAGGCCGCACUCGACGAGGAGGAGCGCCAAAAGAGAAGGCACGCCGCAUCGUCUUCAAUCGAAUUACCACCGAAU